AAUCUACUCUGCGCCUUAAUGGCCUCCCUUAUUCCUUUCCUCUAUUUUCUCUCUUCUCCUCCCUCCCUCGCUCAAAGUUCUGAUUGGUUUUCUGCCAACACCACCUCUCAUCACCAAGUUCCAGCCUUAGAAACUUAGGCAGAGAACCUCUCAUCACCAAGUUCUUCUUCUUCUUCUUCUCCGUAGCUUUUGCUGUAAUAUUCUAUUGCCGGGGUCCUUACUUAGGCUUUGACAGUUUGACUUCCUGCUGGCAAAGCUAUGGACUUUGAUGAUUGGGAGCAUAGAAGUGAUUGAUUUGUCUCAUUUUCCUAGCUAGCGGUGAAAUUUCUUGGACAAGCUAACCAAGCUUAGAGAAUCGGAUUCCUUCUUUCAGAAAAGUUUCUGAAAUCAGUGUGAAGCUUUUCUGAUCAUCAAUGUCCAAAGAAAGCAGGGAUUCUAACUUGGGUGGUUUGGGGUUUGGUAACCAUACCGGCCCUCCAGAAAAGGUUAGGAGAAGAUCAAGCAUGAGCAGCAGCUUUGAUGGAUUUUCAUUUUCAUCCAAGGAGCUCAUGCAGCUUGAUUGUGCCUUAACCUUAUCACUGGGAACUUUUAUGGUGCCUAAACCGAAGGAUGCAGAUUAUUGUUACUCAAUUCCUUCCCUCAUUGAAGAGGUGGAGGAUUUGAUCUUGGCCAGAGUUCCCAGGUCUGAGUACUGGAAGUUCUUCUUGGUAAACAAGCGCUUCUUGGAGCUUUUGAAGAGUGGAGAGCUGUACAAGAUCAGGCGUGAACUCGGGAUCAAAGAGCCGUCUGUUUUCGUUUCCCCUAGCGGGGAGGGAACAUGGUGGGAAUUCGACAGGCAGUUCAAGUCCUGCAGGAAGCUCCCUAUCUUACCUGCGGAAGACAGCUUCAUCUGCGGGGAUAGGGAAUCGAUUUGUGCAGGAACUCAUCUUCUAGUUUCAGGCAGAGAAAUUGAGGGGCUUGUUGUGUGGAAGUAUGAUAUGGAAGCAAACAUUUGGUCAAGAGGUCCUUCCAUGAUCAAUCCAAGGUGCUUGUUUGCUUCUGCUACAUGUGGUUCCUAUGGAUAUGUAGCUGGUGGGUUUGGAAUGGUGGCAACAGGUUGGGAAGUUAUGGAUUUUGCUGAGAAAUACCAUCCGGAGACUAAAUCUUGGGAGCCUCUUCCAAAUAUGAUCCGAAAGAGAAGGUUUAGCUCUGGCUGUUACAUGGACAACAAGUUUUAUGUGAUUGGUGGGAGAGACCCUGAGGGAAGAGAUCUCAGCUGUGCAGAAGCCUUUGAUAUCGAUAAGAAGACUUGGGAACUCAUCCCAGACAUGUUAGAAGUAGAUGGUCCUCAAGAACAAGCUUUGAACAAUCAAUCCCCGCCUCUCAUUGCGGUUGUGAACAAUGAGCUCUACUCACUCCAAACCUGCACAAAUGAGCUCAAGGUGUACAUGAAGAGAAGCAAAUCAUGGAAUAAGUUGGGAACAGUUCCUGUGAGAGCUGAUACUACUCUAGGAUGGGGAAUAGCUUUCAAGUCUCUGGGGAAUGAGCUACUUGUCAUACAAUCUUCACCACAUGGCCCUUCCCUGUUAUACACUUGCCGCCCUGAUCCAAAUGCUGAGGAGUUGCAGUGGGAAGCUCUUCAGCAUGGCAAGAACCCUACCUGCUUCAUCGUUAAUUGCUCUGUCAUGGCAGCUUGAACUCCAAAGUAAUCUUAGGGAGUGAUUUCUAUCUUGCCCUUUGCCAUGUUCUUAAAUAAAAGGUUUGUCAUGACUUCAA